AUGACAACGAUACCCCCCUUCCCCUUCCCACCAACCUACAAUUUCCCCCCUUCUUCACCCCGCAACCAAACACAACAACCCGCCAGUCGCAGCUUGAGAAAUGAAGCCGUUGAAACUCCGCUUUUCCACAACACAGCCCUGCGCAAGCGCCUCGAUCUGCGCGACGCCCGCGAGGUCAUCGAGUGGAUGACCAAGAGCGAAGAGGAAGGCGGCGGUGGGCGGCGAGCGGAGUGGAUCUCUGAUUCUGGCAGUGCGUCGUCUUCAAUCGGGUUGAAUGGUGCUGGGCAGGGGCCGAAGACUGUUGCGUGGAUUUGGUGGAGGAGGCCUGAGGAGUGGGCAGAUAUAUUGGUUGAGUGGGUUGAGAGCACUGGGCAGAGGGGAUCGGUUCUGACGGUCUAUGAACUGAUCCAGGGGGAGGGGGCUAUGUCGCAAGAGUUCCAUGGCAUGGAUACUGAUGUCAUGCUGCGCUCGCUGAAUGUCUUGGUUAAGAGGGGCAGGGCGCAGAUUUUCGGUGGUGAGGGCCAGGAGGGUGUUAAGUUCUUUUGA